GGUACUGUCAACUAGGGGAAAGCAGGACAACAAGCCUGAGGGGGAGGACGAGCUGGCCAAUGAGCUUGCAGCAGCAGCUGCAGCCACGGACAGCUCGCAUCUGUUCAUGAACGGUUAGCACAAGGGCCGUUAUUGGGCCACAAGGUGCAACCACAUUAUCAUAACAACACAAUCAAGACCCAAUAAAUUUGAACAGGCAAAAAACCCGAGAGUCGGACGGAAAGAAAGGGCUGUGUGUCAGUCCUUGUGUUAAGUUUCCUAUGCAAUUCUAGGUGUAAGACAUGAUACAUAAAAUAUAAGAUGAGGCGGCUUAACGCCGAGUUGCUGCUUGUUCUCUUGCUUUUUGCGAGCGCUGGCUGGCACCUGGCUGAGGCGCAGAGUUCUAUCAGAAGCAGCAGCGGCAAAAGAUGGACUUUCGGGAAAAAGGCGAACUGGACCGCACUGCUAAGCGAGCCGUCCGCCUUUGUGUACCGGGCGGCGCUGCGGCUCAAAAAACGGAAGGAAGGUUUCCACCCGUCCGCCACGUGCGGCAAGUACAUGGGCCUGAUGUAUCUUGACUCCAUCCGGAGCAGCCGCAUCAGCCUCUGCUCGGCGGGCUCCGCUUCCUCCGCCUCCUCCGCUGCCGGCGGGGCACAGCAGCAGCACCGCCGACGCGCGCUGCAGUCUUCAGCGGCCGCGGAUCAGCCGCUGCUGCCCUCUCAGUCCUCAGUUGACUGCUACACGGCGCCCGCCGUGACGCAGGGCAACAGCAGUAAGGCGACCGUCUCGUUGUGUCACAGCCGCAAUUUGGUUCUGGACACGUGCGGGUUCCUGGCGGCGCGCCAGCGCGGUCAGAUGAGUAAGAAGUUCCCGCGGCCGCUGCGGGGCGCGGUGCGGCUGGGCGGCUGCGAGCUCGCCAACGCAAGCCGACUCGCAGAGCGGGACCCGCGGCUGGGAUGGCUGCGCAGCAUGCAGCAGGCCGUGUGGUGGGAGAACGCCACCCGGGAUGACGCGGGUGUGGCGGCCGCCUGCACGCCUGGGUCUCCCACCCUGGUCACCACGCCCACGCUGUUCGUGCUGCGGGACCGGCACGCCAACUACGCCCACGAGAUGGAGGUUGUGUCCAUGGCCUUCAGCUUCCUGGCGGCGCUGGAGCCCCGCGACGUGGCGGAGCAGGGCGUGCAGGUGGUGAUUGCCGACCAGGCGCCGCCCACUGGUUUCUUGGAGACGUGGGCGCGCAUGAGUCAGCCACACCGGCUGCGGCUGCUGGCGCAGGAGCCCUUCCCGCCCGGAACCUGCUUCGCCUCUGCCUACCACGUGUACACCUUCGCCGCCGGCAUUGGCUACAACACCAACCCAGCCACGGUCAAGUGCGAAAGCCCCGUGCUCCAGGGCAUGAGCCACUGGCUGCGGCAGCUGUACGACGAGGCGGACGCCUCUGCGCGCUCCGCUCCCUCCCAGGCGUCCGCGGCUGCGGCGGUGGCUGGGCCGGCCACUGCCGCGGCAGGCAUCACCGGCCUCCGGGUGCCGGCUGGCGGCAUCGUGGUGAAGAACGUGGUGUGGCUCAGCAGGAGGAACCUGGAGAUGGUGCGCCUGCUACUGAACGCCAGCGUGGGCUGGAAGAGCAUGCGCAUGGUGCGCAACGAGGACGCCGUGGUGGCGGGUCUGGUGGCGGCGGUGCAGCAGUGGAACGCCGAGAGCUGCCUGCUGCGCCGCUUUGACCGAAACGUGGCGGCGGAGGUGGAGCGAUCCAAAGACCACCUGCGCCCCGUGCACGGUGGAUCAGCCGCCACAACCACCACCGCAGCAGCAGCCGCCACGACCACCGCAGGAGCAAGGAAGCGGAGAGGACUGCUGGGCAAGGCCUGGGCAGCCCUAGCGUCAGCAGGCCGGCGGCUGCUAGGGGCCGCUGCCUUGGGUAACGACCUAGAUUCGGACUCACAACCGCAAUCAGCUGUGGAUUCAGGAGGGCGUCGAAUACGACAAGCCGAUCCGGAUUUUGCCGGAGAUGAGGAGGAGGACGGGGAGGAGGAGGAGGAGGCGGAGGAGGAGGGGGCGGAUGUGAGCGCGAGUCAGGACGGUGGCGGGGAGGGGGCAGAGGCAGAGGGCGAGUUUGGCGGGGCCGACGGCACGGACACGGUGGCGGUUGGCGCCGCCGUAGCCGCCUCAACCGUCAACCGCACCCGCCCGCCAUACAUGGUGGGCGGGAACAUUAUCAUGCUGAGUAAGCUGUGGGCGCUGGACAAGCAGGAGGAGGAGCAGCAGCAACAGUCGUCAACAGCCAGAACCGCCGCCUCAGGCGGCGCCGCCAACGGUCCAUGCCGGCCAACCAACGUUCUGUUCAAGUUCGUUGACGGCGACUUCAACGACGCGCCGUACAGCCAGCAGCUGGCCACCAUCUUCCGCACAGGCGUGUUGGCGGGCGUGCACGGCGCAGGCCUGACCCACGGCUUCUUUAUGCAGCCGGGGCAGGGCGCGGUGCUGCAGCUGCUGGGCGACUCGUUCGCGCAGGUGGCUGCCAACAACGUUUUCCGCAACAUGGCCCGGGGCCUGGGCCACCACUACGAGGACGUGCCCUACAGCGGCGUGGACGUGGACGUGCCGCAGCUGCAGGCGGCCGUGAAGCGCUCGAUGGACUAUGUGGCUCAGCAGGUGAUGGAGGCGCAGGAGCGGCGCAGCGGCCCUCUACGCUUGGUGCUCGUUGAUCAGAACCACUUCAGUGUGGUGAUGCCGCCGGCAGAGACUUGCCCGGUGCUGACGCUACAGGGCACAGCGACAGCGACAAUGUCGGGGACUGGGGAAGGGCAAGCGGGACCCGAAGAAGGGCAGGAGGUUGCGGGUGAAGGGGCGCGGUAGGUCAGGGGUGUCCCCCGUGACUUGCUGUGCUCCGGGGCUCAACCCCAAGGAAAGCAAGCGCGUGGGGAAGCGCAGAUACUGUUUUGGAGGAGGUGCAUUGUGAGGUGCUUGGAGAUGUGCAUCCAAGCGAGGCGUGCAUGCCGGGAAAGGCAGUGGGGAUGACGCGGGCAUCACCGGAUUACCGUGCAGCUAUUGGGAAGCGGUGGGCAGCACUGCAGCUGAAUGCAGUGGGCCGCAGCACGGGUUGUUGUUGAAGUGUGAAGGCUUGUUCGGACGGAUGGGCGCUGGUGAAGAAAGAGGCGCCCGAAGGUGCGAGAGCAGAUCGGUGAGGGACAAAGGAUUUCGGUGGAGGCGAGGUGGAGGCAAGUAGGCGGGUGGGCCCCCACCGUGGUGGGCCCCGAGAGGCGAGUGGGGCCCGAGAGAUGGGGCCCUCUGCUGGGGCACAGCAAAGCUAAAGCAACAACU